CAUGCACGGCGUGGUUUUAGGAUGUCCAGCCUUUCAGCCAAACCCUCGAGCUGUGCCUCUUUUUUUGCUGUUCGGCUUGAUCCGAAACUGGAAGCAGGGGAUACUGUUUGCUUCCAUGCCAUGAAAGCAAAAGUGGGCAGGGGAAAAUAGUGAGGGGGGCUUGGUCAGGCCCCUGAACUGGGCAUUAGACACCCCUGAUGUACAGAGUUGGAAAGCGUUUCAAAUAGCCUUGUGUUUUCCCAUGGUCAAGCUGUUUGGCCUUCCUCUCUUCCAUAGCCCUCCUGCCGAGCAGCAUCCAAUCCAAGUCGGCGAGAUAAGCAAAGAUGUCCAAGGGCGGAGCUCUCCAGAGAACUAAGAUGACAAUGCGACACCCGAAGCGUUCGAGCGCCAGUGAAGCAAACAAGAUGACUCCAGCGCAGAUGGCGCGCUACUUGGCCUUUGCUGACCCCAGUCAGCCCAAGGUGAAAGAAAUGCUGGCUGCCGUCCUCAUGAAGGACAGGAAAUUGGUGCCGGAAGAGGAAAAGGUGGCAGAACAGAAGAACCUCAUCGGGGUCCUGAAGGCCACCGAGGCUCGGAACCGCCUCCGGAACACUAGGCUCCAGUACCAGAAUCUGAGAGCACAAGAGAUCAACUUCCUGAUCUCCUUCCAGAGGAAUGCUAAAGGUGCUGUGAGGCUCGAGGUCUUCCUCCCGCCCAGGAAGAACCUUAGAAAACUAGCAGACUGCAUGAACACAGUCCAGAGAAGCCGGAUUGAAGAGAUUCUGGAAGAUGAAACUGGUGAGAUCUAUAUCAGAAAGCCUUGAAACCCCACAUAGGACAAGGCAGUAAAAGGGGAGGAGAAUAUGCAUGGAAGCCAGACAGGGACCAAAUCUCUGGACAGCUCCAGCUUAGAAAAACUAUUGCUGUUCAAUAAACUCCAUGGAUUAUUAUCCAUGACUUAAAACAAAAAACAAAAAACCUCAUAGUUAGGGAUGGACAAAUCUAUUUCAGCUCCAUGUUAUUUUUGCAUGUGUUCACCCAAAAGUCUGUUCCAUCCCAUUUUUUUCCAUUAAUCUUCGAGAUCUCCAAAUAUAUCUUGCAUUUAAAUAUGCAUUUUAGGCUGCAGUGGGACCUCUCAACAGUUGUGUGUAAGGCUGCGCGGUCAAAAUGCAAUUUUGAAAACAGUGCAUUGUUAAACAUGUAGGAUACUUUUUAAAAGAAACGAUGUGGCUAAACAUUCAGGAAGUACAAACAGCUGGCCAAUAACUUAACUGGUGCAGAUCUGCACCGUGGUCAGGGAGGUCCUGAUCAGCCAAGAUGGGAUUCUCUCUCCAAUUUGCAGUUCUGCCUUUCAAAUCAAUGUGCGUGGUACAGGGCCUAAAGCAUCCUUUGCCGAUCUGGCGCAUGGCUCUGCUUGCUGAGGCUGACGGGAACUGUCAUUCAAAACAUCUGGAGGGCACCAGAGUGGGAAAGGCUUGCUAGAGCGUUAUGCCUGGGAUGGGAGAUGCCAGUUGGAGGAAUGCUGGACCUGAGAUGAGUCAUCUCCUGUUAAGAGACAUGCCUUUCAGUUUGGUACGGAAGACUUGUCCUUUGGAAGCUUCGUAUUUGGUGCAGUCCUCUGCCUAGUUAGCAAAAUAUCUGAGCAUCAGACUUGCAGAAUCUGCUGUGCUCUGUAGAGACUGAAUUCCUUCCAUUUAAACCCUGUGCAAAGCAUGCAAUCCUGUGCAUGCUUAGCCAUGAAUGUGGGACUCACAGCAUCCUCAUUCCAGUGGCGAUGCAUGUGAAACCACAUGAUAAGCAGACACGGGCCCCAAUCCCCAUCUGUCCCCACCACCUUGCUACCUGAAGGCAGCCCUGUUUAGGGAGGCUUUUAAUGUUUAAUAGAUUAUUUUAUUUCAUUUUUCUGUUGGAAGCCGCCCAGAGUGACUGAGGAAACUCAGCCAGAUGGGCGGGGUAUAAAUAAUACCGCAAAUUAUUAUUAUUGUUGUUGUUUAGUCGUUUAGUCGUGUCCGACUCUUCGUGACCCCAUGGACCAUAGCACGCCAGGCGCUCCUGUCUUCCACUGCCUCCCGCAGUUUGGUCAGACUCAUGUUCGUAGCUUCGAGAACACUGUCCAACCAUCUCGUCCUCUGUCGUCCCCUUCUCCUUGUGCCCUCAAUCAUUCCCAACAUCAGGGUCUUUUCCAAGGAUUCUUCUCUUCUCAUGAGGUGGCCAAAGUAUUGGAGCCUCAGCUUCAGGAUCUGUCCUUCCAGUGAGCACUCAGGGCUGAUUUCCUUCAGAAUGGAGAGGUUUGAUCUUCUUGCAGUCCAUGGGACUCUCAAGAGUCUCCUCCAGCACCAUAAUUCAAAAGCAUCAAUUCUUCGGCGAUCAGCCUUCUUUAUGGUCCAGCUCUCACUUCCAUACAUUAUUAUUAUUAUUAUUAUUAUUAUUAUUAUUAUUAUUAUUAUACCUUGCUUCCUCCUCUGUCAGUUUUGUAUUGUCUGCCUCCCCACCCAGCAACCAUAUAGCCUGUUAACAACUACUAGGCACUCUCUCCAUUCCAAAAUAAAGCAGGGGGUCAAUAUGCAGCCAGGUGGUCCCUGGUCCAUGAGAUAGUGUGUGUGUUCCCCCCCCCAUCUGCAGAGAACGUGGCUGACAGGAGUCAUUGCAUGAAUGAGAUGCCUUCACAGGCUUCAAAUGCUUAGAAAAUGUUCCUAUAUAUGCCUGCUUCUAAGGUUUAACAAUACGAAAGUAGAUUCUACCAGGCUCAUUAAAAAGCAUAGGACAUGUCUAAACUGCACCGCUUCGUAGGGUCAUAGAAUUGUAGAGUUGGAAAUCUCGGCUAAAGAAUUCCUGAAAGAUGGGCCCUCCAGUCUCGGUUUAAAAACCUCCAGUGGAGGGGAGCCCGGCACAUUUUGUGGCCUUCCGUUCCACAGCUCUUACCGUCAGAAAGUCCUUCCUGAUGUUUAGUCAGAAUCUCAUUUCUUGUCGUUUGCAUUUGUUUGUAAUUUGUGUUGUGUUGGUUGGUUUUAUGCACUGGUUUCGCUUGCCAUGCCUUCCCGGGAAGAAUUCUGGGGACUGAAGUUUCUCGAGGUGCCAAGGAUUCUUUUUCUUCUUCCCCUACAAAGCUACAGUUCUCAGCAUUCCCAGGGGAGAGGGGCUUUUGCCAAACCAUGUGAAUGGCAUAAUAUAUAUAUUAUAUAUAUGCCCGAGGGGUCAAGUUCAUAUAUCUUUUGUGCAGGGAGGGACAGAAAAGGCUACUUCCAAGUCCAUAUCAGUUUCAAAUGUGUUCAUUGCCUAUCUCCCUUCCACCUUCCUUUCUGCAUUAUGCUUAUUUUUUUAAAUAAAAAAAUCCACAUGAAAAUUGGCAUUUAAACCGAUGUUUGGCUACGUAUAUUUUCGCCACAUAUGUGAGGGUGUCUCAAUGUAGCCAACCCAUAUAUUCCUCUGACAUGCACAUUUUUAAAAUCAGUGCAUCUUGGUUCUUUCUUGAGCCGAUGACGUCACUGCGCAAUUCGGAGAAGUGCGAAAUCCGAAGGAGGUUAUGCAAAUUGUGAACAGCCCUGAGACCUUCGGGUACGGGGCGGUAUAUAAAUUCAUUAAAUAAAUAAAUAAAUGAGAUAAGUAAAUAAAUAUAACCCACCUGCCCUCCACACAUGUGUGCAUGUUGCAUCUGAAACUGACUGGGCCAGCCAUUGUAAUGCUGGGAACUGUUGCGAGGGAGAGAUGGAAACUUCUCCGCUUUGCAAAAUCUCCAAUUCUCGGGAAUCUUAUGGGAAAGCCAUGCAAGAUCCAGGGGUGGGGAACCUUAGCCCCCAGAGGCCUAAUAUGGCCUCCUUAAACUCUUAAGAAUGCCUCUUUUCUGGCCUGGGUGGAGGACCGAGAGGGGUUUGAGUGUACGAACGAGCCUACCAUACAAAGCUGAAAUUUGCAUCCAUUGCUCUGCCCAUUUUGGCCUCUGGUCCUGACGCACUUCUGGCAUGUGCCCUCCCCCCAAAGCUUGCCCAGAAGGGAACGUGGCCCUUGAAAAAGGUUCCCCGCCCCUGAUAAAUCAAAUCUGCAUUGUUAACAGCCAAUGACCAGCAUUCCCCUGGUAUGACCUGUCUUUUGAAACUGGUUCUCAAGUGCUAAACGUUCUGUGUCUGCUCUCUUUUGCCACUUCAGCGAGAUUCUAGGGCAACCACCCUCUGGAAAUAGGUUCUCCAUUUCCUUUGCCACAAUCAGGGCUCUUGGCGAUGAGCGCUUGGCCUUGUGCUGAACCAAGGGGAGUGUAGCUGCUCAGACGUCUGUAGAGCCUCUAAGCUUGAAUAGGUCGCUUUUUCGCAUAUGUAAAGUUGUAAAGAUGUAAAGAUAGUCACCAUGUAUAUAUCCAUGUUCCAAUAAAGGCAACCGACCCAGCCAGGAAUUUCGGCUUCUAUGUUAUUUCUCCUUUGCUCACUAUUCUUUCUGUGAGGUUCACCAGGGCUGAGCCACCAUGAUGUUCCGCAAUUCACCACCCCAGUUUGUCCUGACCACCAUGACUCUCAUGUACCCAGGAGCAUUGUGUGGGGAGGGCCAGGGGCCCCCUCUCCCCCUCAUUGAAUGGCCACCCAGCCAGUGUUGAGGGAAUGUGUCCACAAAAGACCGUGACGGUCAACAGGUCCCCCCAGCGCAGGCAGGCAGGCAGGCAGGCAGGUGACGCAGCGUGGCCCCAUGAACCCUCUGUGUCCCAGAAGACACCCAGGAGAGAAAGUUCUCCAAGUGCAAUCUGUUGCCCAGUGCAUUUUGGAAACAAUAAGUUCCUCCUCCUCCCAUUAUUAUUAUCAUCAUCAUCAUCAUCAUCAUCACCCUGCCCUUCACCCUAAGGUGCCACAGCAGGUUUCAACAUUAAAAUGCAAUAUUAGAAACAGUUUAAAACAGGCAUCCCCAAACUGCAGCCCUCCAGAUGUUUUGGCCUACAACUCCCAUGAACCCUAGCUAACAGGACCAGUGGUCAGAGAUGAUGGGAACUGUAGUCCAAAACAUCUGGAGGGCCGAAGUUUGGAGAUGCCUGGUUUAAAACAACCUACAAUCACAAAGAUAAAGUGGAUCGGAAAAAUAAACAACUCCCUUCCUCCAAGACA